AUGUGCCUGCGUCUCAGUUCAGCAGAGGUAGCAGCGCUCCUGAGGAAUUUUGCAGUGUUCAUUGUAUCGGUCGCUACGACAUUUUUAAACUUCUGCCUGAUCAGCGCAGCCUUGUUCGCUCUAGCUGCGCUGCUCGGCUGUGCUACGACAGUUAUGGACUAUUCUUUGCUUUGUGUUGUUGGCGCCGGGCAUAUAUGACACGCAGGGGUGUUAUUUAUGUAUUGAGC